ACUACCGAAGUUCCUUGUUACAGCAGGAGACUUUGAAAUGCAAAUGUCACUGAUUGAAUCAAUGGUACGCUUAGUGAAGAAGUCAGAACGUCCACUGCAUGCCAAGAAAUGGUUCCAACAACAACAACUGGCUGUCAAGUUUCUUGAGAUAAAAGACUCCUGUUUUGAUGCAGAUUGUAGAAAAUUCUUGAAUUAUUUGAAUGAAACUGCUGGUAAAAGAAGAAGUGUGUACUCGUAUGCAGCUGUGAAGGCUUACCUUGGCUAUCAUAAGUUAGUUGUUCCAAAAGGUGGGAAUUUGUCAGAAUUCUGGGUAGACGUCAAUUCUGUUUCUAAGUGUGUUACAAUCUAUGUGGAUGAUGAAAAUGAUGCUAAUGAUUGCAUGUGGGAGACUAUCACCAUCAGUUCUGAUGAUGUUGAUAACUACACAAUUAAAGAGGAGGGCAGUUAUAAUCUAUUGCAGAUGAAUUUGAACAUCCCUGUGAGUGACUUAUUUGAGAAGUGCUGUGAUAACAGUCAAGUAGCCCAAAUGUUAUUUGACAAGUCUGUGGAUGUCACCCAUGCGUUGAAGUUGGUAUUUGGAGAAAAACCUGCCAAGAAAUAUAGAUCUACUGGAAAGGCAUCUGUAUCUGAGAUGGACAUCUGUGUCAACAAAAGUAGCAAAUCCAGUCAUAGAAUCAAACAUCCAAACCCAGACCUAAUGUCUCAAAUGCCAGACCUCAUAACCUCUCCAACAAGUCGACUGAUGGAUUCAAGUAGAGGACACACAAAGCCUUUACAGUUGCCGUCUGCGUUAAAAACACAUGAAUCAAUGCUACAACCCAGGGUUUCUAUCCCUUUGAAUCCUAUGAUGUCUCCUGCAAGGGAGAUGCUGGCAAAACCUGGUUGCAAGACCACAACACCUGCUAAUGGAAGUGGACAAAGCAAAAAGGAUAACCAUGACAAAGAUAUUCCUAAAACACCCAAAUCUAAGCAAGGAGGUGCAAAAAGAGUGAAGACACCAUUACGUAUCACCAUACCCAGUGAUAAGUCUACCACUGAUACAGCCUCUGAUACUGAUAAGGAAUAUAAUGCUAGGAAGACCACAAGAGAAAAGAGAAGGAAGUCAAGUGAGAGCAUUAAGGCAUUAGAUGAAAAUGCAAAAACAUUCAGUAAUAAAGAUAAUUCAGUACACGUAAAAGAACCAGUUAGAGUGGCAGUUGAUUCACCAGGAUGUCAGGUACAUGAAGACAUUGGUGAGGAUGUAACAGAAGAGGUUGAAGCUUCCACUAAAUCAUCUAAGAAAACAGAAGUUGACGAGGAAGACUUCCCAGUAGUAAAAUCUGGCUGUCUGGUCCCAAUUCAUAAUGACUCUGAUACAAUACCAGACUCCUUGCCAAUCCCUUCUAGCUACAACAGUCAGCUCUGCAAUAUGGAAAGAAGUGAAGUGUAUACUAAGAAAGUAUACUUAGCUGCACUGACCCCAACACUGAGUACAGUGUCAGAGGAGGAAAGUUCUCGCAGCAAGCACACCACACCUAUGGUUAAGCAACCAGAGCAAGAGAAUUUAGAUAAAAAUGAAGCAGUAGAUGAUGAUCUUAACUUAUCACAAGAUUCAGCUGCUUCAUCGCAGUCAGUCAAAAUACUUCUAACGAGUCAAACCACAAGGGCAAAGCCGAAAUACAACCCCAGCCUAGGAGGCCACAAGAAGCAGAUAAAAUCAAACAAACCAACCAGCAGAGUUCAUCAACAAAAAGUAAACAGACAUGAAGAUAUUGAUGAAGUGAUCCUAGAGAAUGAGUAUGAUCCAUAUGAUUUCCAGGUAGAAAAGAGACCAAAGAAGUCAAGGAACCAAAAAGAAAUACACAAAGAUAAAGAAGAAAGCACAUCUAAGUUUAAAAAGCCAAAGAAAGGCAACAAGAAGGAUCCAUCAAUUAAAACGAUAAAAGUAAUCACAGAAGAUAAAUAUGAUGAAUAUUCUUUUGAAGUUAGCGAUGAAGAAUCAAAUAGAAAGCAGAAAGCCGAUAGAAUUGUGGUUGAAAGUGAAGAUGAUGAACCCAUUCCAUAUGAUCAGUUUCAUAGUAAAAAUAAAGAAAAAAAGAAAGCACAAAAGAAAAUUGUAGAAGAAUAUCAAGAAGACUCUUUGAAUGAUUUUAAAGAGCAGAAUGAAGAGAAAAAUGAAACUAAUAAUAAAGGGAAAAGAGGUAAAAAAAGGAAGUUUGGCAAGGAAGUUAAUAACAAUAAACCUGUUAAAGGAAAACAAAACAAAUCAAAAAAGAAAAACAAAACAACGAUGGACAAAGAAUAUACAAACAUAGAAAUUGGCAACAAGAAGCAAAAUACAAUUAACUGCAGAGAAAGAAAAGGAGUUUCAGAGAUUGAGAUGCUGAGGGAUGCAUGCACUGACAAUAUGGAUUCAGAAAUUCAUGAUGCAGAUCUUGAAGAGUUUAACUCGAUCAUUGGAUCGAUAAUUAAGGGUAAGAAAAAGCAACCAGGCAAACCUGUAUAUGAACAAAACACGCAGCUAACAGAUUCUGAUGAAAAGUUUUUGCAGGAAGGUAAGGAUGUCAGGAGACCACAGAAAAGGAAACAGAAGAAAGAGGAAGUCAUUGAUGGUGUCACUUCUGCUAAGGAACUUGAUGAAGUUGAGUCUGCAAAAACAAACAAGGAAAAUUAUACAUACUCACAAGGAUAUUUAAAUGAAGGAUUAGAAAAUCAGGAACAGAAAAUUUUGAUAGAAAAUGAUGAGCAGAAAAAGGAGAAGAGGAAGAGUAUCAGAAACAAGAAUGAUCCUGGAAACAGCAUUGUAGGCUCCUCAAAACUGGUGAUGAACAAAAUAGAAAGAAAGGAAGAUGCAUUUGUGAUGACACGGAAGAGUAAGACAAAGAAGAAAGAAAGCAAAAAGGAAAGACCUGAGAAAAUCAUUGUGGAUAGUGACAUAGAAGAAGAGGAAGAAGAAGAUGAAGAGGAGAGAUUAGAAAAUCAGAAAAGAAGCAUUUUGAAAGAAAAUGAUGAGCAAAAGAAUAAAAAGGAGAAGAAAAGUAUCAGAAAUGAGAAUGAUUCUGCAAACAGCAUUGUGGGCACAUCAACGCCUGGGAUAAGUAGAAUAGAAAGAAAUGAAGACACAUAUGAGAUGACAGGGAAGAAGAGGAGCAGAGUUUCAGAAACAAAGAGUAAAGAAAGCAAAAAGGAAAGACCUAAGCAAAUAAUUGUGGAAAGUGACACAGAAGAAGAUGAGGAAGAGGAGAGAUUAGAAAAUCACAAGAGGAAAUUUUUAAAAGGAAAUGAUGAGCAGAAGAAAAGGGAUAAGAGGAAAAUUAUCAGAAAUGAAAAUGAUCCUGGAAACAGCAUCGUGGGUGCACCAAAACCCGAUAUGAACAGAAUUGAAAGAAGUGAAGACACAUGCAAGAUUACAGGUGAGAAUAAGGGCAGAGUUUAUGAAACAAUGAAUAAACAAAGCAUAAAGGAAAGAUCUGAGGAAAUCAUUGUGGAUAGUGACACAGAAGAGGAAGAGGAGGAUCCAGAUAACAAUGUGGAUGUUAGUACACCACCAGAUGAUGCACAGUCUGUUGCCAGCUUCACCAAAAUGUGUCAGAUUCUUCUGACAGAUGUCAAAAGACCUAAGAGAUCUCGUAAGUCUGUCAGUUACCAGGAUCGAGGCAGCUCUGUGGAUGAUAAUCCCUCAGUAGGUUCAGCGGAAAACCUCUCAACAGAAAUGAAUGAAGAGUUGAAUACUGGAGUCACAAGAGCUCCAAUGAAGAAGCUCAGUUAUACUAGCGAGAAUGAUGCUGUCAGCACUGUCAGUAGAAGGAGCUGGUUGAUAGAAAAGCAAAAGAAACAAGUAAGCACUUACUCGAAAGGACACACUAAUGUCUGGGUACAACACAGUUCAAGAGCGGCUGUGUAUGCUUCCCCAUGGAUAUCUGACUCCAGUAAGAAAGCUGAUGGCAAAAGAAACAAAAAACGGUCUCACCCUAAGAAAAGCCAGAAAAGGUUGUCUUCAGUAGAAAACCAGUUCCUUGAACCAAUCACCAUAGAAGACAAUUCCUCUGACAUAAAUGAGCAAGAUGAUGCUAAAAGAAGGAAAACAGUAGAAAGAGAAGAUGAACUGGUGCAUGUGAAAGAGAAGAGAAAGCAGGUACAUGUGAAAGGAAAGACAAAGACUGCUUCCAAUGAAACAACUCCUGCACAUGAUAUAAGUAAAAAGCAACCUAUGGCACCCCAUAAAAUACUAUCAAACCAGGAGGACACCAGUGAGCAAAGUAAUCUAUAUUUCCAAGUUUCUGAGAAUGAAUUUAACUCGUCAGCAAAAUCUACAACGAGCAGUAACAAUUCAGGCAAAGAACACCCUGUAGAGCUCAUGAACUUCAAUUUUGAUUUUGAAGAGGAUUUCAUGGCCGAGGAUGAGGAGGAAGAGGAGGAGGAAGCUGAAAUGCUUAAGACACCUGCUCUUCCUGAGAAAACCAACUCUGACCAUUCAUCUUACAAAACACCUAUGGUUAAAAAAUCUGUCAGAAUAAAUCAAAAAGAAGUGCAAGAUGCUGUCAUCAAUUCCAAUGCAUCAGGGCCAUCUAAAAACCCAAGACCAUCAAAGUCUACUUUAAAGCGUAAAUAUGAACAGGAAAUUGAAGAUGAAAGUGAUGCAGAAGAUGAACCGGAAGAGGAACAGGAUGUUACCAUCUAUGAGAUGAUGGAGAAGCAAUCGGCAAGGAGGAAGUCAUCAUUAUUGAUACCAAAGAAAUUGUUUCAGCUUGAUCAAGAAGAAGCAGAUGAUGAUUACUUAAAAGAAGGACACAAAGACAGAGCCGAUGAAGUAGAUGAUGCUGAAGACUUAAUGAUGACACCUUCCUGUUCCACCCAGUUUAGAGGAUCAGAUAAUGAGGAGAUUGGUGAAAUACAACAACUUCUACAUUUUGUUGGUGGAACCAUAAAAAAACAAAUACAGGCCAAGCAGAAUCAAACAAAGCUACUGACAGGGUGUGCCAUCAAUACUGCCACCAAGCAUGUCAAGAGCCUUUGGAGCUAUCAGCAGACAAGAUUAAAGGAGUUUGAAGCUAUCAAAAAGAAGAUUCUGGCAGAGGUUAUAUCUUUGGAGGAAGAUUUAGAAUCAAUGAAGAGAGUGGAACAAAAAAGUAUGAAGCUGAUGAAACAACUGCAGGACAAAUUAACUGCCAAGCUCGAUCAAAAUAUCACAGAUAUGAGGAAUCUGCAUCAAGAAUUCCAGGAGAAACGUCUUAAACUUGAAGGUUGUCUCCAAAAGCAGCUGCGAAAUGGCUUUGAUAAUAUUAUUAGUCAAGAGAUGACGGAGCUUAAGAACAGACUUCUAGAAGAUUCAAAACACCAAGAAUUGAUGCAGAUGAAGAGGUCGCUAUCAUCCUUCUUUACUUCAGUGUGAUCACAGGCCUGCCGAAGAUUUGAGCCAAUCUUAUUUAGUCCUGAAUUCAAUAAUGCAGUUAAUGUUUUUAUUUUUGAUUGCAUAUGAAAUCAACUACAAUUAAGUUGAAUUUGAAUCAUUAUAAAAUCAAUAAAAGAAUUUAAAAUAAUAAUUGAAACUUGCAAUAAGUAGAACUCUAAAGUUCAAGUGACUACUUGCUUACUAAAAAAACAAGUUCCCACAACUGGGAUGAUAAUGAAAUUAUUUAUCCAUAUUUAAUUAAAUUUCAAAGUAUUUAUUGUUACAGUAUAUGCAAAAGUAUUUAUUACAAUAAUGUUCAGUGUUGCUGUUAAAUAUUUUAUAAGCUAGGUGUUGGAUUUAUAGUUUUCAAACCUUUUAUUUAAAGAUGAAUAAAAAAGAAGACAGUUGUAUACA